UUACCAAAUCAAUUCAUCAUCCAUAAAGUACUAUACUAAGCUGUCUUGGCAGUUCUUCGGACUAGAAUCAAUGGAUUCUGAGGUUGUGUAAAGAUGGAUACCGAUUUACGGCAGAUACGAGUCAGCGGCGAACAAGUAACUGAGGUCGGCCUUCCACCUAUCUCUUCAACCGCUGGUAGCAAGGAUGAAGGCAUCUACAGCUCUGGUCCCUGUCUCCACAACAAGAAGUUUGCCUGUGUCUUCAUACCUUGUGUCACCCCUCUUCUAUUCAUAGCUGGAGAACUGCUAUUUGGAGUGAGUGUUUUAUGUCUUAUUGGAGUUUACCUGGUGUCAAAUGCAGCCAAGUACAGAAAGAGUACCAUAGUGGCAUAUGUCUUAGCAGUCAUUUGUAUUCAGCUGACCACUGUCUAUUGCUUGUUUCCUUAUAUCUGGCAAUCAGUAUUCAAUGUUGGACUUUUAUUUAUUUACAAUGUUUUUAUUGUUCUCUCUGGUGGUGUUGGAUUGCUCCAGUUCAAGCAAAUGCAACAUGAGGAGCCGGAGUUUACUGUGCACCUGGAGUACAUUCUGUUCAUCAGCUACCCCAUCGUUGGCCAGUUUGUGAUGACAAGUGUGUCCGCUUUGGUGAUGGGCUGGUGGGCCGCCCCAUUCUUCUGCAUUCUUUAUGGAUUCCUGUUUAUCCAGGUGUUUUACCCACCCAGUAAACCCUCAUUUGUGUACCAAAUGUCAGUGCAUAAAGUAGGGCAAGAUACUAUUCAAGAUCGCUACAUUAUAGGCCAGAUGGAGAAGACUCUGUUUCUAUUCAACCUGAUCUCUGUGCCAGGAUCCAUGUUCAUUGUGAUUUAUCUCCUGGAGUUUGUCCACCUUAUAACUUGGGUCAAGCUGUUGCUGUGUGGAGUGUUGCCUGUUUUCCUCUGCACUUGUCUAGACUCUGGUGAAGUCAUGGAUUUUUUAGAAUUUUCGCCCAGAACUGUGACCAAAGGAAGGUGGGCGUCUGGUCUUUCCAGCUUGUUGAUUAUGACCAUCCUGAUGUGGACCACCGGUGUGAUAUCUAUCAAGGCGGUCCCAGUAUUGAUGGGGAGCUGUUUUGUUGGUUUAGCCAUGGGCAUCACAGCAAAUAGUCAUAAACACAGGGUAUACCAUGUUGGCACAUGCGCAGUAAUGGCCGUUAUUCACGUCAUUGGCUUGUGGUCACUAGUCUGGAAUCUUGGCCUUUUAGCUCUGCCACCUUCCCUUGUCCUGUUGCUAACUGGUCUGUCAGCCGCCUCGGGUCUCUCUGUCGCUGCUGUAUACCUGUCAAGCAGGAAUUCGAAACAAGUAUUUGGUUUGGUGCUGCUUAUGCAGUCACUAGGUUUUGUUUUAUGUGAGCAUGCGUUAUUAGAGAAAGCGCUUUACACUGCACACUACGGGCUCAUAUCCGGGGCAAUCAUGCUUUACCUUGUCUACAGACUGUACACUGUGGAUUCUAUUGAAUGGCGGGUUGCGUGGCUCUGCGGUAGCCUACACUGCUCCAAGCUUGCGUCCCUUCUAGCCUCUCUCCUCCCCCCACAAGCACUGAGCCAGUCAUUCCUCGCCCCACCCCUGUGGAAUUCCUCACCAUCUCUUCUCAGCUUUGUAUUUGCCUUGGUGACCUCCAAGAUUCUGGUGUUCACAGAGGAGAAAUCAAUUUCCACGUGGAAGGGUGCCAAGCUGUGUGCUGUGCUCCUACUCUCGGUGGGGUGCGUCUACGACACCCUCGUACUUCCCAUCUGGUUAUAUACAACCCACAGGUGGCCAUCUAUGGCAGAUGCGGCAGGUGCUAUUUUGUUUAUGACGGGUACCCUGUGUCUUAAAAUCUCGCUGAUGCAACUCUCCCACCAUUUGGACGCCAAGAGAGCGAACAUUCUGCUACUGUGUGGGGCAGUGUUAGUGGAAAUUGUCCAGCCAGAGUUCAACCCUGUUAAGAUCUGUUGGGGAGCUGGAGUUUAUUUUACGUCUCUAUUGUUGCCAUACGACUACGGAACAAAGCUGCUCCUUGCAGAGGAUAUGACCAUCCCCUGGCUACUCCUGGUCGCCUUCCUCGUCAGUCUUGCUGUACUGGUAAAACUGGUUAGACUAGAACAGCUGUCUGUGAGAGCCUGGGCCGUAGUGUCCGUGAUGAUUGGUGGUCCGGUUGGUUUGAAAGCCGCAUCUGUGAUUUUGUUUCCGUAUCACCGACCGCAGCUGACCACCUUGUUGUACGCUGGCUCAUCUUCACUGGCCGUGUUUGUUCUCGUCUCCUCCUGGUGUAACCAUGGCAACCAAUCACUCAAGGCCCGCGGGCUUUGCUACAUGGCGCUGAUUGGUUCUCUUGUUUUUUCUCUUCUACUCGAAUCCUCAAUUGAAACAAAACGAAGGAAGGCGCACAUGAGUGAAGAUCGCGACUCGCUUGUCCCGUGGAUCUCUCCAUGCGCCUCUCACCAUGUCGCUAUGCAUCUGGUACUCGCCCUGGCUCUCAAGUCAGAAGGUCCUUUUACUCGGCAGAGCUUGGAGGACAAAAAGGAAAAGCUCCCACCUGUCUCAGCGGCUCUGUGCUCAUCCUUACUCGCCAACAUAUCUGUGCUUGUGACAUGCGCACUAGCGCUGCUCAGCACACCUACGGAUUAUUGGGAAUUAUGGGUCACAAGCUGCGCUGCAGUCUUGACAUCUCUACUUAGACCCGAGGGGGUGGUCCUAAGUGACCUACGCCCUCUCAAGUCAUCCCCAGCUCUCCCUAUCGCUCUCCUCUUACCCGUCUGUUUAUAUAUUGGAACCAUUCGAGCAGCAUGGCCGAGUUCUUCAAGCGCUCUGGCCGUAAUAGGAUUCCUGUGUGAGAUGCUCAUCCUUCACCUCUCGCUCCCUUCACACUACAGCUUGGUGCAUGCGCUGUGGAGACGGGAGAUACCGCUGGUUGCACAACGGGCGGCGGUGUUUACUGCCCCUGCGUGCGUCGCGCUCGUCGUGUACGGCUCUACACUCGCAGGGAGGAUCAUGGGAUUUUUAGGAGUAUGUUCAAUUUAUUAUGUGUUUACGUAUGUCAACUGUCCGGACUUUGAUAACAAUAAAAGUAAAGGAUAGUGUUACUAACAACAA